AUGUCGUCCAUUGCUGCGAAUGUGGCCCGCCGGGCCCUCAUCAGACAACCCCUUAGAACCAUGCGAGCCCAACCGCUUCGACAGUACUCCUCCCGAACGGAAGAAGCUGGGCUGGUCAAGGGACCGAAGAGAGAUCCCGAGCUCUACCUCCUCCUCGGUGUCAUGGCCGGAGCCUUCGGCCUUGCUGGAUGGUACUUUGGAAGAUCGCCCACCACUGUCACCUCCGAGAGCAACAUUCGCAUUGGCGAGAGUGCUAUGCCUUGGGAGGUUGAUGAUGAGAAGGCUGAAACCCAGGGACAUUUCAAAUAUCAGUACCACCCACAUGGUGAUAAGAACCAGCCCCUCAAGUCCGCCCCCAGUGCUUUGAACGAAGUCGUCAUUCCAAACGUCACAUUGCCAAAGGACUUGCACGAUCGGUUCAACAAGUAUGGAAAGGAUUAUUAG